GCUCACUGCCAAACUUUGUCCUGUUUUGAAACACCAAAAAACCAAACAAUCUCUUCUCCUCUCCUCUCUUCUCCUCUCCUUCAUUUAACCCUUGGUUUCUUCUACUCACACUCUCACUUCCACUUUUCUGGAAACAAAUAUACUAUACCUCACCCUUUUACCCACAAUUCAUUCCCCUCCCUCACACCUUCCAUUAUUAACCCCAACCAAAUUCAACUAAUCUAAACAAUCACUUCACUUCUCUCUCUCUCUCUCUGACAUACAAUAUUCUUCUUCCUCUCAUCUCUCACUGCCCAGGUUAAUUACUCUUCUCCCAAUCCAUUACUAAACCCUAGUAACCAACCUCACUAUUAAUCCAGAUCUAGGUCACCAUGGAUUUUCCAGACUCAACACCAGUAACAUCACCAUCUUCACCGACUAACACAAACAGUGGUGGAUCAAGUUCAACAACAUCCUCAAGCCGUUACGAAAACCAAAAGAGGAGAGACUGGAAUACAUUCUGCCAGUAUCUACAAAACCACCGUCCACCACUAUCAUUAACACUAUGCAACGGUUCACACGUUCUUCAAUUUCUAAACUACCUCGAUCAAUUCGGUAAAACGAAAGUCCAUAACCAUCCUUGUCCUUUCUUUGGAAUCCCUAACCCUCCUGCUCCUUGUCCUUGUCCUCUUCGUCAGGCGUGGGGUAGCCUCGACGCUCUCAUCGGUCGCCUUCGUGCUGCUUUCGAAGAGAAUGGUGGUCGACCUGAAUCCAACCCUUUUGGUGCUCGUCUUGUUAGGAUUUAUUUGAGGGAUGUUCGUGAUUUUCAAGCUAAAGCUAGAGGUGUUAGUUAUGAAAAGAAAAGAAAAAGACCUAAUAAUAAUAAUAAGUCUAACAAUAUUACUACUACUACUACUGCUCCUUAAUUCCUCUCUUUCAGAUCUCUCUAUUCAAUCCACCUACCAUCACAAAUUCUUAUAAGGUGAUUUUUAUGUCUAAGAAGAGGUGUUUGAUGUGGAAUUAAUUAUGAGUACUUACUUUCUUGAGUGAAGGUGAAGUAUGUAUGGUAAACGGUGGAAAUUAAGUACUGAGCUCGAUCUCUUGCUACCAACAAGUAUGCUUUUGAUCAUAACUAUAGCUAGUAGUAUUAGUAGAAGAAAAUGUUAAGAUUCAAUUCUUGUACUUAAUCUUGUACGUACAUCUAAUGAAUGUAUUUGUGAAGCAUGUGCUUUGUUGAAAAUUAUUUAACUUAAUUUUCCCGGGAU